AUGAGUGUAACAGACUGCAGUUCAGAGAAGUGAUUGCUGUUUUUUUUCCAUGGGAAUGUGAGCAGGGUCUCUCAGAGGGGCUGGGAAACUGGUCUCGGGUGGGUAGAGUAAGGAAAGUUUUAUGGACCCAGGAAAAUCAUGAAAGCACUCCCACACGCUGUCACUUCUAUCUUUGAGUUAAUCAAUAGCUCUUGACUCUGGCUGCAGAUUAGAAUCACAGAGAUUGAAAACACAACAGCCCCAGAGGUCUGGAUUCAUUUGGUCUUCAGUGAAAUAUUUUUAAGUUCCCCAGAUGGUUCUAAUGUGCAGCCAGUGCUGAGGAACUUGAUGAAGCAAAUGUUUCUUUCUCCUGGUGUAGACAUGCAGUUUACCUUGGAGCUCUGGAAGGCCUAAGGCCUCUGCUUUCUUAACAGGAUCAUGAUAAUCCUAGAACCUACCAGCUCCUGAUCCUCGCCACCCCCCGUCUUUACUCCUAGCAAGACAACCUUAGCCCCUCACUAUGUUCUUAUUUGACAACUGGGAAAACAGUCCUGGAGAAGUUAAGGGACUUUCCCAGGAUGCCAGAUCACACCUGGCCCAGUCCAGAGCCCUGUCUGUAGAUCUCGUGGAUGACCACCACAGUCACGAUUUCUUUGUCCUAAAGAUUCUAGAGAAGUGACUUCUCUACCUACCUUCUUGGACUCUCCCCAUGUAAUCAGAGGAAAGAAUUUAGAACCUGAAAUCAGAAGACCUGGAUUUGAAUCUUGGUUCUGCCAAGGGUUUGUUCUUGGACCCCAUCAGAGCCUUAGUUAUCCCUUAUGGGGCGGGUGUGGGAAUUGAGCAGAGGACACUCUUUGGAAACUUGAAGAUGCUUGGUAAAUGUUACUUCCCUGGAGCAGUCAUCUCAUCUGCAUCUGUGGGGAUCCAGGGCCGUGCUCUCCAAGGGGGAGAGAGAGGGGGGAAGACAGAGCAGAGCAGAUCAGAAGACUAGAUCACACUCAGGCGUGAGAAGAGCCUGAGGUUGGCUCCUUCCUUCUUCUCCCCAGGAGGAGUUUGGGCCUUGCUGAGAGCCACCAGCAGUCUCCUCCUGCUUAGGCCCCACCCCGACAAUGGGAGCUGUCCAGACGGAGGCAGUUCCUGCGGGAGCACGCGGCCCCCUUCUCCGCCUUCCUCACAGACAGCUUCGGCCGGCAGCACAGCUACCUGCGGAUCUCCCUCACAGAGAAGUGCAACCUCAGAUGUCAGUACUGCAUGCCCGAGGAGGGUGUCCCUCUGACCCCCAAGGCUGACCUGCUGACCACAGAGGAGAUCCUGACCCUUGCCCGCCUCUUUGUGAAGGAAGGUGUCAACAAGAUCCGGCUCACUGGCGGAGAGCCGCUCAUCCGGCCAGAUGUGGUGGACAUCGUGGCCCAGCUCCGGCAGCUGGAAGGGCUGAAGACCAUUGGCGUCACCACCAACGGCAUCAACCUCGCCCGGCUGCUGCCCCAGCUUCAGAAAGCUGGUCUCAGUGCCAUCAACAUCAGCCUGGACACCCUGGUGCCAGCCAAGUUUGAGUUCAUCGUCCGCAGGAAAGGCUUCUACAAGGUCAUGGAGGGCAUCCACAAGGCCAUCGAGCUGGGCUACAGCCCGGUGAAGGUUAACUGUGUGGUGAUGCGAGGCCUAAACGAGGACGAACUCCUGGACUUUGUCAUCUUAACCAAGGGACUGCCUCUGGAUGUGCGCUUCAUAGAGUACAUGCCCUUCGAUGGCAACAAGUGGAACUUCAAGAAGAUGGUCAGCUACAAGGAGAUGCUGGACACCAUCCGGCAGCAGUGGCCAGAGCUGGAGAAGCUGCCCGAGGAGGAAUCCAGCACAGCCAAGGCCUUUAAAAUCCCCGGCUCCCAAGGCCAGGUCAGCUUCAUCACGUCCAUGUCCGAGCACUUCUGUGGGACGUGCAACCGGCUGCGCAUCACGGCAGACGGGAACCUCAAGGUCUGCCUCUUCGGGAACUCCGAGGUGUCUCUGCGGGAUCACCUGCGGGCCGGGGCCUCCGAGCAGGAGCUGCUGAGAAUCAUCGGGGCGGCCGUGGGCAGGAAGAAGCGGCAGCAUGCAGGCAUGUUCAAUAUUUCCCAGAUGAAGAACCGGCCCAUGAUCCUCAUCGAGUUAUUUUUGAUGUUCCAAGAUUCCCCACCAGCCAAUCUGAGCAUUUCCUCCUGGGACCCCUUCCAUGUUCAGGGUCUCAGACCCAGAGUGGGCUUCUCCAGCCAGAUGGCAACUUUGUGGAAUGGACGUGGGGUCCCCCAGACCCCUCCCGUAGCCCAGCAGCGGCUGGGGUCUGGCUCCCCUCAGAGACACUACACUUCCCACACAGACUCAGAUGCCAACUCAAAGUGCCUUAGCCCAGGGUCCCAGGCUCCUGCCACCCCCUCAGGACCCCCAUCAACCUCGGAACAACUAAGCCACGUGGACUCGGAAGGACGGGCAGCUAUGGUAGAUGUGGGCAGGAAGCCAGACACAGAGCGGGUGGCUGUGGCCUCAGCUGUGGUCCUCCUGGGGCCUGUGGCCUUCAAGCUCGUCCAGCAGAACCAGCUAAAAAAGGGAGAUGCCUUGGUGGUGGCCCAGCUGGCUGGAGUCCAGGCGGCCAAGCUGACCAGCCAGCUGAUUCCUCUGUGCCACCAUGUGGCCCUGAGCCACGUCCAGGUGCGGCUGGAGCUGGACAGCACACGCCAUGCCGUGGUGAUCCAGGCGUCUUGCCGAGCUCGGGGCCCCACCGGCGUGGAGAUGGAGGCCCUGACCUCCGCUGCUGUGGCCGCGCUUACCCUGUACGACAUGUGCAAGGCUGUCAGCAGGGACAUCGUGCUGGGCGAGAUCAAACUCAUCAGCAAGACUGGGGGCCAGCGGGGGGACUUCCAUCGGGCUUAGAGCUCCUGCCCCCUCUCAGCCCCGGCCAGCCAGGUCUACAGACGGGGUGCAGUUUGGGCUGAGGGGAAGAUAGCACGUUCCUUUAACCCCAGUCACUGUUCACCUUCACCAGUAGGAACCCGAGCUCAUCCCGCUUUGCUACUAGGUCUGCUGCCGGACGAUCCCUGACGACCUGUGGGGCUUCCUGUGUACAGAGGGGACACCGGCAGGCCCCUGAGCCUUUCAGGACACUAAGGUCACGGGAGGGGGUUGCAGCGAGCAAUGCUAGCUAACUGAAAAAUCACGUCCUGUUAUUUGUGGACUAUUCCAGACCACCAGUUUCAGACAAUCCAGCCCAUAACUUCUCAUUUUGGGUUUUCUCUUCUGCUUUCCUGGGGAAAGAAUAAGGGCUUAUUAAGCAGAGGAGCCCACUUUGAGAAGGGACAAGCACAGGCUUACCUAGAGAAUGUAUCCCAGCUCCUCCCCAGCAGCUCUGAUUCCCAAGUGUGUGAGGCCGCAACCCUGCCUGGUCCCAGCUUCUGCCCCAUCUCGCCUUCUGCCCGAGCCUGUGUCCCACCGGACUUGCAGGCUUUCAGCUUAGCAGCUGCCCCAUCCUGCCAGCCCCUUCCUCAGCCUGCUCCUCGUAAGGAUCCACACACGUGGGCCGCGGCUCUAAGGGCUCCUGACCCACCACGCAGCCCACACGUGGCCCUGCUCCAGGCCACUCCCCCCACCCUUCCCUAUUCUGGAACACGUCAGGGAAAGAAGAGAGGUGAAGAUCGCCUUCGCCCUCACAGCGCACAAAUAAAGCCACGAUGCCAACCUUGCAGAUGCAA